AUGUCCAUAAAAGAUACAUAUAAAACUGUUAAGGAUAAAGUAUUAAAAUAUAAUUUAUUUCCUAAUUAUCCACCCACAACCGAUGAACAUGAUUUAAAAACAGAAUUAAUAUCAACACGUUGUUAUUUGUUCAUAUUUGUUUUAUCGUUGAUUCUUCUUCUUCUAUACGGAACAGUAUUACCACGUACGAAAACAGUAAUAGUUCAAUUACCAACACAAGAACAGUAUAUACACUUGUAUGAACGACAUUCACAAACAUUAAUAUGUUUAUGUUCAUUAAUUGCUGUUCCAUUUGGAAAACUUAUUACACAAUUUACACCAGUUUAUCACGAAGUUUGUUCAUCACAAUUUGUUCAUGAUGAAUGGAUAAUAUAUCUUAACAGCGAGCCACCAAGUAAGAAAAAGAGUGUA